AGAGAUUAACAAGUGGACUGUUCAGUACAAUGUUUCCCCGCUCUCUUGGAAUGUGGCUGUCAAGUUCCUCAUGGCCAGGAAGUUUGAUGUUCUCCGUGCCAUAGAAUUGUUCCACUCCUACAGAGAAACACGAAGGAAGGAAGGCAUUGUGAAGCUGAAACCUCAUGAGGAACCACUCCGUUCUGAGAUCCUCAGUGGAAAAUUUACCAUCUUAAAUGUUCGGGACCCAACAGGAGCCUCCAUUGCCCUCUUCACUGCCAGGUUGCAUCAUCCCCACAAGUCAGUUCAACAUGUGGUACUUCAGGCUCUGUUUUACUUGCUUGACAGAGCUGUAGAUAGUUUUGAAACUCAGAGGAAUGGAUUGGUGUUUAUCUAUGACAUGUGUGGUUCUAAUUAUGCCAACUUUGAGCUGGAUCUUGGCAAGAAAGUCCUAAACCUGCUGAAGGGAGCGUUUCCAGCUCGUUUGAAAAAGGUGCUGAUUGUGGGAGCACCCAUAUGGUUCCGAGUGCCCUAUUCCAUCAUCAGCCUCCUCCUGAAGGACAAAGUCCGGGAGAGGAUUCAGAUAUUAAAGACAUCUGAGGUCACCCAGCACCUGCCCAGGGAGUGCCUUCCAGAAAACCUGGACAGGGACUCGGUACAUGUUCCAGGUCCCCACGCUAUGACCAUCCAAGAGUUGGUGGACUAUGUUAACACCAGGCAAAAGCGGGGGAUAUAUGAGGAGUAUGAAGACAUCCGUCGAGAGAACCCUGUUGGCACUUUCCACUGUUCCAUGUCUCCAGGAAACCUAGAGAAGAACCGCUACGGGGAUGUACCCUGCCUGGACCAAACUAGAGUGAAGCUGACAAAACGAAGUGGCCACACUCAGACAGAUUACAUCAAUGCCAGUUUCAUGGAUGGCUACAAGCAGAAGAAUGCUUACAUUGGUACACAAGGCCCUUUGGAGAAUACCUAUUGUGAUUUUUGGCUUAUGGUAUGGGAGCAAAACGUCUUGGUGAUUGUCAUGACCACCCGCUUUGAGGAGGGUGGCAGGAGAAAGUGUGGCCAAUACUGGCCUUUAGAAAAAGACUCUCGGAUCCGAUUUGGCUUCCUCACAGUGACCAAUCUAGGCGUGGAGAACAUGAACCAUUAUAAGAAAACAACACUUGAAAUUCACAACACAGAGGAACGGCAGAAACGCCAGGUGACCCACUUCCAUUUCCUGAGCUGGCCAGAUUAUGGUGUCCCUUCCUCAGCAGCUUCCCUCAUUGACUUCUUGAGAGUGGUCAGAAAUCAGCAGAGUCUGGCCGUCAGCAGCAUGAGUACACGCUUCAAAGGGCAGUGCCCUGAGCCACCCAUUGUGGUCCAUUGCAGUGCAGGCAUUGGCAGGACAGGUACCUUCUGCUCACUGGACAUCUGCUUGGCACAGCUGGAGGAGCUUGGCACCCUUAAUGUAUUCCAGACGGUGUCACGCAUGAGGACCCAGAGGGCCUUCAGCAUCCAGACACCUGAGCAGUACUAUUUUUGCUACAAGGCUAUCCUGGAGUAUGCAGAGAAGGAGGGCAUGGUGACUUCUGGCCAGAAUCUGCUGGCCAUGGAGGGUCAGUAACUGUCCCACGAGCCUCCUACCUGCUGGCCAGCCUUCUUUAAACUACCCUGGACACUUCUGAGCCUAUAGGUUGCCAUCAGUUAUGCUGAAGCCAUGGAUCAACCUCUUUCUCGUGUCUCCCGGCGCACGUGUACACGCAAGGCAGCCUUUCCCUUUGACUAGAUAAAUGUGGUGAAAUUGCCACGAGAAAGGGCCAGCAGCAAUGUGUUCUUAAUUCCUAGCACCUGCUAUCGAACUGUGCCUUAUUAAAACCAAAUUGUGGCUAUUGAUUUUUGCCAGGGGCCCUGAGAUAAGUGGGGAAGGAACCUCCCUCCCUGUUUCCCAAUACAUUCUCCUCCUGGAGGUCUCCUCUCUCCUACUCCUUCCCUUUGCUAGGAUUUUAUGGGAAGGUUUGGUGAGCAUUCACUGUCCUCCCCAGAAAGCUUGACCAAGUUACAUAUUCUAGAGAUCAUCCCGAGUGCCAAGCACGUUUAUAUGUAGGGCGUGUAUGCCAGUCUUUUCUGUCAUUCUGUGUGUGUGUGUGUAUGUGCACUUAUAUGUAUGGGUCCAUAUGUACGUGUGUAUGUAAUAUAUAUUGUAUGUGAUAAUAUGGUCAUAUUCUAUAAAUAUAUAUACACACAGGUACUCCUUUGUAGAAGUUCCUGGGGCUCUGUGUUGCACUUCAGGACUCCUUGUUUCUUGGACCCUACUAUUUGUCCUAUAUUAGCUAGGGUUGGGGAUCAUGUCUGCCAUUGUGAGACCACAGAAUAGUGGAAGAAGACACAUAUACAUUUUCAUGUUCCUGCCACAGGCCCUCAUUCUUAAGUAAUGACUUAUUUCCCUCUGGAUGCUGCCUGUUGGAAGAAAGAAUACUGGUUUGUUGUGACACUGAAUCAGUUCAGCAUGGAUUGCCCUUAUCUAAUGAUUUUUCUCUUGUUUACUUUGCUGAUUUUGGGAACAGACCUCCACUGUGAUUCUAGAUCCUCUCUUUCCUAUUACUACCCCAGGGAUGGGGGACCAAGGGUAGAGAUGAACUCACUGAAUGGCCAAAGCCAAAAGCAAUUGGUACGAAGUCUUAGAAGGAAAGUGGGGGGAGCCCAGGUGUGUGUGAGAGAGAUGAAAGUGCUAUGAGAAUCCCUCCCUGGAAGGAGGAGUUGGGGCCCCUUUUUCUUUUGCUGAUGGUUCCUUAUGCAGCUUAGCUCUGUCUACUGAGAUGCCCAUAUCUUUCUGCCUACUAGCCUGCCGGACCCUGGAGCUCAAGCUGGGUGGGUUCUGUGCCAAUAAAAAGCUGGCUGGGUGAGGUGGUCCCCUGCAAUCACAGUUUGCCCUGUACCCACCCAACCUGUCUCUGCUUGCUCCCAGCCCACCCAGCCUGAUGUGUCAGGGAUGGAGUCAAGAGUCCCCAGCACUUCACAUUUCCAAGAAAAUUCCAGGAAUCCCUAAACCUUCUUCCCCCAUCACAGAAGAUGAGGUUGGCAGUUGAUCAGACCUCAAUAAUUUUAUACUGUAAUAAGCUCUUUGAAUGUGUAUAUUCUUAUUUUUUAAAAUCAUUUUCAUUUUGUAUUUAACAUCAAUGGAUUGAGUCAGAUUCAGAAAAUAAUUGUAAUGUUCAUAUUCAAUAUCUUACAGCGAUACAGUUUUGUAUUUACAUAUAAAUAUACCAAUAUGAUCAAA